CUGCUACGGUGCCGAUGCCUACGCCAUUAGCGCCGACGGCACCGACGACUCCGGCAUCAUCGUCAUUCCCGAGUGCGACCUCGAGUGCUCCUUCAGCACCAGAGAUCCUGAUCAGACCAUCGAGUAUCCAGCCGAAUAUCCUGAUCAGACAAUUGAAUAUCCAUUGGAAGAUCCUGAUAAGAAAGUCGAGUAUCCAGCGGAGGAUCCUGACACGACGAUCGAGAAUCUGGCUGAAGACGUCGACCCCACCAAGAUCACCCAUUGCACGGCGAACGACUUUGUCAGUCCUUUCCCUACUUGGUGGACAGCGUCAGCCUUUCACGCUCGACAGGAUCCUGGCUACACGGACGACUACACGGUUGACGACAUGUCCAACGCUAUUCAUGACGCAGAGUUACUCUUGCAUCAAACACGGAUGGAAGAACGUGGACAUCUGCCCUGGCAGGAGACCGAGUCCUUUGUUGUAUCAG